AUGGCCAAGCUCAACACAUACCUGCAUCGCAUCAAAGCAGCACCGUCAGAUCAGUGGGGGAACCUCUCCUUCUACCUGGGAGGAAAGUCGCCCUCGGAUGACAAGGACUGGUCCCCCAACAUGCGGGCGGUGCGGGCGACGAUACGUUUUGCCAUUGCCACAGGUCGUCUGAGGACUGAACAACAACAGAAUGAAGCAAACUAA